AUUAGAUGCUACAUAAUUUUUCGCUAGAAAGAGGAAAAUUGUUCCACAACUGCUCAGGGAUCUGACACGUUUAUAAAAAAAUCCCGGUCUUCGAUGAGCUCCGGUCUCGUUCUGUCUAUUUAACAAGAAACGAGCUCCAAAUCGCGUUCCUUUUUGUAAGCUAAGAACAGAUCGCGUUCCUCAAUUCUUGAUCGCACUAGAAUCCUGUACGGCCUCCGGCGGUGGCGGUGCCGGUGCGAUGUUCUCCAGCUUCUGGAAGAGUCCCAUUAGAUCCCUCUCUCGCGGCCUCCUCCUCCUCCUCCUCCUCCUCCUCGCGGCGGUCCUUUUAUCCCCCUCCAACCCCUUCUCCACUUCCAUCUCCUUCAAGUUCUUUUCGUGGGAGAAAUCGGAAAUCUGGAGCGCCCGCAGGGUCGUUGACUGGAGGCCUUGCGACUGGUGGAAAGCCGGAGCUUUAGCUGCUCUGCUGGCGAGGAGCAACGGCUUCAUCAGGGUGGAUUGCUAUGGCGGCCUCAACCAGAUGAGACGCGAUUUAUGUGAUGGCAUCGGGAUAGCUCGGCUUUUGAAUGCCACUCUAGUUUUGCCGAAAUUUGAGGUCGCUGCUUAUUGGAAUGAAUCAAGUGGCUUUGCAGAUGUGUUUGAUGUAGACUACUUUAUUCAGCAAACAAGAAGUUACAUAGAAGUCAUUAGAGAGUUGCCGAAGGAAAUUGCAUCAAGAGAGCCAUUUAAAGUUGACUGCAGCAAACGGAAAGGAAAUUUUGACUAUGUUGAAGCAGUCCUUCCUGCUCUGUUGGAACAUCACUACAUAUCUAUCACGCCAGCUAUGAGCCAAAGAAGAGAUAGAUAUCCAUUGUAUGCUAGAGCUGCCCUUUGUCAAGGUUGUUACAAUGCACUGCGCCUCAACAAGGCCUUGGAAGCUAAAGCUACUGAGCUUCUUGAAGCCAUACCCAAACCCUUCCUAUCCCUUCACCUAAGAUUCGAACCAGACAUGGUAGCCUAUAGUCAGUGUGAAUAUCCUGGGCUUUCUUCCACAUCUUUGAAAGCCAUUGAAGCUGUUCGUGGGGAUAGAAAACCAUGGACCGGUGGAGCUGCUCGUGUGUGGAGGAACCGUGGGAAGUGCCCCCUAACACCAAAAGAGACUGCAUUUAUUCUCCAAGCUCUGCAUAUCCCAACAAACACUACCAUCUAUCUGGCAGCUGGGGAUGGCAUGAUGGAAAUUGAAGGCUUUACAUCUGUUUAUACUAAUGUCUAUACUAAAUCUUCCCUUCUAAGCAGUAAAGAUUUUGUUCAGAUGCAUGGCAACACAAAAGCUGCCCUGGAUUACUAUGUUUCAAUAAACAGUGAUGCUUACAUUGCUACUUACUUUGGGAACAUGGAUAAGAUGGUGUCAGCAAUGAGAGCACUGAAGGGGCUCUUUAAAACUCUGGCUUUGAGCAGGAGGGAUUAUGCAAACUAUACUGCACACGGGCUAAGGGGUGAAGAGUUGGCUACAGCUAUGUGGAAGGCUCAUAGAGAGGAUUUUGUGAUGGGUAUGGGAACUGCUUUACCUGAUUGUUUCUGUGAGCUUAGAUUGUGAUUUUUAAUUUUUUGUAAUACGCAAGAGUGCUACAACACGUUUCUUCUUUGAUAAUGUAGACUGCAAAUACUUUUUUCAGCGAAGUAGAUUGCAGAUAUCUAUCAUUUGUCCUAACAGAAAAUGGUUAAUAAUCCUAUAUGACAUUAAUCUACUGUUUAUAAUA